AUGGCAGCCCGCGCCCCUGCCCUUCGCGCUUGGCACCUGGUGGUCUGCGCCGCCCUGGGCACGGCCGCCGCCUCCGCCUUCAACCUGGACACCCGGCUCCUGGUGCUGAAGGAGGGCCGGGCGGCCGCCGGCCUCUUCGGGUACUCCGUGGCCCUCCACCGGCAGACCCAACGACGGGCCCGCUACCUGCUUUUAGCUGGUGCUCCCCAAGACCUAGCACCCCCCGAUGGAAACACCAACCGCACGGGAGCCGUCUACCUCUGCCCCCUCAGCUCCAGGACGGAUGACUGCGAGCGUGUGGACAUUCAUGAGAUCAGUGACCCCCAGCAGCACAUCAUUGAGGACAUGUGGUUGGGGGUGACAGUGGCCAGUCAGGGCCCCGCCGGACGAGUGUUGGUCUGUGCCCACCGGUAUACCAAGGUGCUGUGGUCCGGCACGGAGGACCAGCGCCGCAUGGUGGGCAAGUGCUACGUGCGGGGCAACGAUCUGGGGCUGGACCCAAGUGACGAGUGGCAGACGUACCACAACGAGAUGUGCAACAGCAACACCGACUACUUGGAUACGGGCAUGUGCCAGCUGGGCACCAGCGGAGGCUUCACCGAGAACUCCGUGUACUUUGGGGCCCCAGGCGCCUACAACUGGCAAGGAACAAAUUACAUGAUCCAGAGGAAAGACUGGGAUCUGUCUGAAGCCAGCUACGCGAAUGAAAAAGAGGGCAACAUCUAUAUUGGGUACUCGGUGCAGAUGGGCAGUGCCAUCCUGCACCCCCAGGACCUCACCAUCGUGUCAGGAGCCCCCCGCCACCACCACGCAGGAGCUGUCUUCCUGAUGAGCCAUGGGGCAGGCAAGGACCUAGAGAGGAGGCAGGUCCUGGAAGGGAAGCAGGUCGGGGCUUACUUUGGCAGCUCCAUUGCCCUGACGGACCUCAACAAUGAUGGGUGGCAGGACCUCGUGAUUGGAGCCCCCUACUACUUUGAGCGAAAGAAGGAGGAGGGCGGAGCCAUCUACGUCUUCACGAAUGAGGGGGGCACCUUUGCCCCAGAGCCCACCCAGACCCUGCAUGGCCCCAGCGGUUCCGCCUUUGGUUUCGCCGUGGCCAGCAUUGGGGACGUCAACCAAGAUGGCUUCCAGGACAUCGCCGUGGGUGCCCCUUUUGAAGGCUCUGGUCGUGUGUACAUCUUCCACAGCAGUUCCACCGGCCUUUCCCGGAAGGCCCAGCAGGUGAUCAGCGGGGAGGAGCUGGGGGUCCCGGGUCUCUCCACUUUCGGCUACUCCCUGAGCGGGCAGCUAGAUGUGGACGACAACUCAUACCCGGACCUGCUAGUAGGCAGCCUGGCCGAGAGGAUCGUGCUACUGCGGGCCCGCCCCGUCAUCAACAUCCUGAACAAGACCCUGACGGUGAAGCCCACCCUCCUGGACCCUGCCAGGUGCACCCCCACCUCUUGCCUGCAGGUAGAGCUGUGCUUCUCCUACAACCAGAGUGCAGGGAGCUCCGGCUACCGACGGAACAUCACCCUAGCUUACACCCUGGAGGCGGAUCGAGACCGCCGGCCCACCCGGGUCCGCUUUGCCCAGAGCCUCUCCGCCGUCCAGCACGGCUUCUUCUCAAUGCCCGAGAGCCGCUGUCACAAUCUGCACCUCCUGUUGGUGGACAACAUCCGCGACAAGCUCCACCCCAUCACGCUGUCCAUGAACUACUCUCUGCUGGAGCGGGACAUGAAGCCCAGGCUGGGACCCCGCUCCCUGGACCCUUACCCUGUCCUCAACCAGGCCCAGCCCCGCGAGAACCACACUGAGAUUCAAUUCCAGAAGGAGUGUGGGCUGGACAACAUCUGCAAAAGCAACUUACAGCUCAAGGCGGCCUUCGUCACGGAGCACAUGCAGCCACUGGCCAGGAUCGGUGGGAUCCAGGUGUUCCAGUACAGCCGGGACGUGAGGAAGCUGUUCAUGAGCAUCAACGUCACUAACGAGCCCAGCACUGCACACAACGGGGAAGAUGCCCAUGAGGCCCUGCUCAACCUCACCGUCCCUUCCGCUCUGCUGCUCUCCUCUGUGCGCCCUGCUGGUGCCUGCCAUGCCAAUGAGACAAUCUUGUGUGAGCUGGGAAACCCCUUGAAGAGGAAACAGAAGAUGGAGCUGCUGAUUGCCUUUGAGGUGGUGGGGAUCACUCUGCACACCCGGGAUAUUGUGACCCAGCUGCAGCUGUCCACUUCCAGCUACCAGGAGGACCUCUCCCCCGUGACGGUGACCCUGCAAGUGGACUAUACCCUCCAAGCCUCACUCAGCAUGACCACCUACCGGCUGCAGAGCUAUUUUGGCGGGACGGUGAUGGGGGAAGCAGCCAUGCGGAACGUGAUGGAUGUGGGGAGCCCCCUGAAGUUGGAGUUCCAGGUGGGCCCGGCCGGAGAGGGCCUGGCUGCUCUGGGCAGCCUGGUGCUGGGCUGGGAGUGGCCUUACGAGGUGGCCAAUGGAAAAUGGCUCCUGUACCCCACGGCGAUCACUGUCCGCGGCAACGGGAGCCUUCAGUGCCACCCUCCGGGCAACCUCAUCAACCCCCUCAACCUCACCUUCCCCGGAGCUGCCUUGAACCAUCGCCGAAACCGGAGGGAGCUGGAGCCUGGGGGACUGAGCCCUCCUGCCAUCACUCUGGCCGCCGCCAAGAAAGCCAAGUCUGAAACCCUGCUGACGUGUGCCAAUGGCCUUGCCCGCUGCGUCUGGUUCGAGUGCCCCAUUCCGGAUGCAUGGGUCCUGUCCAACGUGACCGUGUCGGCCCGGGUUUGGAACAGCACCUUCAUUGAGGAUUACAGUGACUUUGAUCGGGUCAGGGUAGAGGGCUGGGCCACCUUGUACCUGCGGAGCAGUGUCCCCUCCAUCAACAUGGACAACAAGACUGUCCGAUUCUCUGUGGACAUUGACUCGGAGCUGACUGAGGAGUUGCCGGCCGAGAUUGACCUGUGGCUGGUGCUCGUGGCCGUGGGGGCUGGUCUACUGCUCCUGGGCCUCAUCGUCCUUCUGCUUUGGAAGUUCAACUUCUUCAAGAGGACCCAGUAUUACCGCAUCAUGCCCAAGUACCAUGCAGUGCGUAUCCGUGAGGAGGAGCGGUACCGGCCCCCAAGGGGGCCGCCCCCCAACAAGAGACAGUGGGUCACAAACUGGCAGGAUCCGGGUCGAUACUACUGAUGCCCCCAGCGCCCCUUGGGCCCCCAGCGCCCCUGUGCCCCCUUUAUUUAUCGUAAGUUAUGCCUCCCGCUGUCUGGAUCCCCAGGUGGCACUGGUGUGGACCUGUGCCCACCGGCUCAGCUGAGCAUCUGGAACCUUGCUCCGGUGCCCCCCCCCCCCCCCCAUCUUUCUGCUCUCAGUGGGCAGGAACACGAGGAGCCAGGCAUCUGCAGGGCUUGGGAUUGAGUGCAUGUGCACACACACCCACACACACCCACACACACCAAACACACACUCACACAACCUGUCCCCUCCUCACUUGUAACUGUGGAGGUGUGGGUUGACUCCAGAGCCGGCUGUACCCACACAUGUGACUUCACACUCUUCCUACACCGAUUCCACUUGUGUCCACCCAGGCUGCUCGCUCACACAGUCACUUAGAGACAACAACCCCUCCCCCUGUAAAUAUACAGAGCCUGGCACUCCUGGCAUCCCCUCCCCCUUAGUGUGUUCUGUUUUCUGCCCUCACACAACCAGAUUCUGCCUCUGCCUCUCACCUCCCGGGUGUGUGGAGGAGGCACAAGGCCUACGGCACCCCCAGUGCCCCCAAUCCUGAUCUCUGGAUGCCCGCCCCCUCCACUGGCCCUCUGACUAAAAGGACAGAGGGAAGGGCUACCCCGAGGCUUGGCAUUGGCCCACUGGCCCCUGUCUCGUGGCUGGAACUUCAGGUCUGGUGGAGCGAUGGGUUUCUCUGUCCGCAGCUGUGCCGCUGACGGACCAAAGCGGCCACUGACGCUGGAGACGGCACCGCCCAGACAUCCUCUGGGACUGUGGGCCAGAAGGCCUGCAGCCUGCAGCCAGCGCCAGCCUGGGGCCUCUGCCAGCCUGGGGCCUCCCCACCCUGGUGGCAGGGAGCAUAUCCGGGAGUGGGGAGGAGUCCUGGCUGGAUGCCUGUAGGAACAGCCACCUCCACCUCAGCCCAGCGCAGAAGGCCGCAGGAGCUUGGUUAGACUCCCCAACCAGGGAGCAGGACUGGGCGGUGGUGAAGGUGGAUGAAGAGGAGGGACGUUUGUUGCGGAAGGGUAGGGCUGCCCUGAGGAAGGGGGAUGGCUGAAAUGGCCCUUUCCUUCCUCUUGCCUGACCCCCUCCCCACACAACUUGAGUCCAUGGGGACAGACCUGGGGAAGGAGGCGGUGAUGGAGCGGGGGCAGCUCUCUUCCCCUCCCUCCAGCAGCAGCAGCCUGGACCCCUGCAGCUCUCUGACUAGCCUACCCACCCCCAGCCCCUUUCCAGGGCAUCCACACACUACACUUGUGCCAACAAGUGCCUCCCCCCCUUCAUGUGCCAAGGGGGUUGGCCGAGAAUUCCCCCUGCCCUUCCAUUGCCAGCCCCCAGGCCCCUCUCCGCCCCCCAUCCCCCAAGGUAUUGUAUCAGGAGAGUCGUCCCCAUCUUCCCACCACCCCCUCUACCCCGCCGGGCCUUCACUGGAUGGGGCUUCAGCUUGGGGUCAAUAAACCUGUCUGUGGUUUGUA